AUGGGAGAAGAAGAACCAGUGACUGAAGUUGCUAAGACUGAUUCAAAUGGCGGUAGCGUUGCGGCUAAGACAUUAGAUGAAGUUGUGGCUAAGAAAGACUUGGAAACUGAUGGAGGGAAAGUCUUCGAGAGUAAUGGACUUAAAGAAAUUGAAGAGGAUAAGAAAGGUGAUGAUGUGGAAAAGGUAAAAGAGGACGACAAAGAUGAUAUAGUGGAAGACGGAAAAGUGGAUAAGAAAGAUGAUGUGGUGGGGGAACUAAAAGAGGAUAAGAAAGAUAAUGAGGCUGAUGAAGUAAAUGAGAAGAAAGAUGAUGCAGUGGAAGAAGUAAAAGAUGAUAAGAAAGAGGAUGGGGCUGAAGAAGUAAAAGAGGAGACAAAAAAUGAUGGGGUGGAAGAAGUAAACGAGGAGAAGAAAAAUGAUGGAGUGGAAGAAGUAAAAAAUGAUAAGAAAGAUGAUGCGUUGGAAGAAGAAAAAGAGGAUAGGAAAGUUGAUGGGGUGAAAGAAGUAAAAGAUGAUGCAGUGGAAGAAGUAAAAGAUGAUGCGGUGGAAGAAGUAAAAGAGGUUAAGAAAGUUGAUGAGGUGGAAGAAGUAAAAGAGGAUAAGAAAGUUGAUGAGGUGGAAGAAGUAAAAGAUGAAGACGUGGAAGAAGAAAAAGAGGAUAAGAAAGUUGAUGAGAUGGAAGACGUAAAAGAUGAAGAUGUGGAAGAAGAAAAAGAGGAUAAGAAAGCUGAUGAGGUGGAAGAAGUAAAAGAUGAAGAUGUGGAAGAAGUAAAAGAUGAAGAUGUGGAAGAAGUAAAGGAGGAUACAAAAGAUGGUGAGGUGGAAGAAGUAAAGGAGGCUGCAAUAGAUGGUGGAGUGGAAGAAAUAGAAGAGGAUAAGGGAAUCGAUGGGGAUGAGGAAGUAAAGGUGGAAAUGAAAGAUAAUGGAGGCGUAGAUGUUAAAGAGGAUAUGGAAGUUGAUAGUGUAAAAGAAGUAGUGGAGGCUAAGAAAGAUGAUGAUGACAUUCAAGAAAUAGAAGAGGAUGACAAAAAUGUUGCUGAAUCUGAUAAUGAGAAAAUGGAUGUCGAUACUGAUGUUAAGGAAACUACAGAAGAUAAAGAAGAAAAGGAAAAAAUUGAAGCUGAAAAAGAAGAAGCAGAUUUGAUGGAAACAGAGGGUAGCAUUGAGGAAAAGGAAGAGGGCGAUGGAGAGGAGAAAACUGAAGCAGAGAUAGAGGAGAAAGAAGAGGGUGAUGAAAAUGAGGAAUCUGAAGCAGAGACAGUGGAGAAGGAAGAGGGUGAUGAAAAGGAGAAAACUGAAGCAGAGACAGAAGAGGAGGGGGAGGAGGAGAAUGACAAGGAUAGUAUUGAUAAAUCAAAAGAAGAUAAGGCAGAGGGUAGUAAGGGUGAGAAAGGAUCAAGAAAGCGUGUGAGAGGGAAGGUUAACGAGGAGAAAGUGAAGGAGAAAAGAAAGGAACUGAAGCAGCUAGAGCCUAAGACUCCUACUAGUGAUCGUCCAGUUCGAGAAAGGAAAUCAGUUGAGAGGUUGGUAGCAGUAAUUGAUAAAGACACAAGCAAAGAAUUACACAUUGAGAAGGGUCGUGGCACACCUUUAAAAGAUAUACCCAAUGUGGCAUUUAAGUUAUCUCGAAGGAAAAAUGAUGAUAGUCUCAAGUUGCUCCAUACAAUCCUCUUUGGAAGGAGAGGGAAGGCAGUUCAGGUCAAGAGUAAUAUAUCGAGGUUUUCUGGUUUUGUAUGGCAUGACAAUGAGGAGAAGCAAAUGCUUAAAGUAAAAGAAAAGCUAGACAAAUGUUUUAAAGAGAAGUUACUGGAAUUCUGUGAUGUGUUUGACAUAACACUUAACAAGUCAACAAUAAAAAAGGAAGAUAUUAUUACUAAGCUGAUAGACUUUUUGCUUGCCCCUCAUGCAACCACAACUGUGCUACUUGCAGAAAAAGAGUCCAGUAAAAAGCGCAAGCGUGUUGUGAAACGAGGUACAUCAAGGCCUAGGACUAGUACUUCGAGAGGUUCUUCUGCAAAGAGGCAGAAGAAAAAUGAAAGUUCUUUAGGAGUGGAGAAAAAGAGUACAACUGACACAGAAGAUGAAUCAGAGGGAGAGGAAAAAAAUGAAGAAAAUGAGGAUGAAACUGAUAAUGACAUUCCUGAGAAAUCUGAAGAUGAAAUAUCAGAGAAAUUUGAAAGGGAAGAUAAAAGUGAUUCUGGGAGUGAAUCUGAUGAUGUGAAAAAAAAGAGAAAACAUUCUAAAUCAUCAUCUUCAAAGAAAGAGUCCUCUGGAAGAAGUAAAAUAGAGAAAACUACAGUCACAAAUAAAUCUCGCUCACCUCCUAAGAGAGCACCUAAGAAAUCAUCAAAUACCCAACCAAAGUCUGACAAUGAUAUUGAUGAAAGUCCAAAGGUAUUUUCUAGGAAGAAGAAAAAUGAGCAAGGGGGAAAGCAGAAGAUAUCAACUCCAACUCCAACUAAGUCUUCAUCAAAGUCCAAAGAGAAAACUGAAAAGGUUGCUAAGGGUAGAGGCAAGAAGAAAGAGAAGUCCUCAGGUCCCAGUGAUAAUCAGUUGCGCAAUGCAAUAUGUGAAAUUCUUAAAGAAGUUGACUUCAAUACGGCCACAUUUACUGACAUUCUGAAGCUACUCGCUAAGCAAUUUGAUGUGGAUCUCAACCCAAAAAAGGCAGCUAUUAAGCUCAUGAUUCAGGAGGAGCUGACAAAACUAGCAGAAGAAGCAGAUGAUGAAGACGAGGAUGAAGAGGAGGAUACCGAGAAAGACGAAGGCCGGUCAACCGGCCAGGAGACCUAA